AUCAUCAACUUCCUGAUCAACUGCUGUUUCUGGAAAGAAAUUUGAGUUGAUCCUAGUUUACAAAAUUUUACAUCAUGACAACGAUCAAUUACAGUAAAUGGGACCACAUUGAGAUCUCGGAUGAUGAAGAUGACACUCAUCCAAAUGUUGACACAGCCAGUCUCUUUAAGUGGCGACAUCAAGCCAGGAUGGAGAGAAUGGAGCAAUCCAAGAAAGAAAAAGAGGAGUUUGAGAAAGGUUACAAAGAACACCAGCAAAAGAUGAAUGAAAUUAAACAGAAAUUAAAAGCAGCAGAUCUGAAUAAUGACCAAGAAGCACAAAUUGCAAAGACAAAACUCUCAGAACUGGAGGAACAGGAAAGGAAAUGGAAAGAAAAAGAAGCUGAAUUAAAAAAGAAAGAUCAAUUAACUCCCUUAAAUAUUGACACAAUUUGCCAUGAUGGAAAAUCCAAAACAGUGAUUAACAAACCAGCACCAAAGAAAGAAUUAACAGAAGAAGAGAAAAGUAAAAAACAUGCAGAAUUUGUGGAGAAGCAUAAAGCAGAAGCCAAGAAAUUUGGGAUGCUGCGUCGAUAUGAGGACAGCCAGCAGUUUUUACUGGACCAUCCGGAGCUUGUGUGCGAGGAAACUGCAAAUGUUCUCGUCAUCUGGUGUAUAGACCUGGCCAUGGAGGAGAAAAAUGACCUGAUGAAUCAUGUGGCUCACCAAACAAUAGUGAUGAACUUCAUCAUGGAGCUCGCAAAACAGAUGGAUGUGGAUCCACGCAGCUGUGUUCGACCUUUCUUCUCAAGAAUAAAGCUGGGGGAAAAGCAAUACAUGGAGGCAUUUAACAGUGAACUGGAUGCUUUCAAAGAAAGAAUUACAAAGAGAGCAAAAGAAAAACUACAGAAAGCUAUGGAGGAAUAUGAAGAGGAAGAGAGACAGAAGAGGUUAGGGCCUGGCGGACUUGAUCCGGUGGAAGUGUUUGAGAGUUUGCCAGAGGUCUUACAGAAGUGUUUUGAAUCUAAAGACAUUGCGUCACUACAAAAGGCGAUCACGGAGCUGCCUGAGGAAGAGGCGCGCUACCACAUGAAGCGCUGCGUAGACUCCGGAUUGUGGGUCCCCGAGGCCAACAAAGGCCAGGAAACCGAGGGCAAGGAGAAAGGUGAGGAAGAGGGGGAGGGGGAAGAAGUGUAUGAAGAGGUGGAAUGAAGAGCUCCUCCCUCAAGGUCAAGGUUAAAAUCAGCAGCUGUCACAUUAACUACAAAACCAAAGUCUCUAGCACGCCUGACAUGUUUUUCUUCUUAGAAAAGUAUUAAUGAACAGAAUAUAUUACUUUUUCUUUAAAGUUAAUGCAUGUACAUGUAAAAAUGUAAGAGUGUGAUGUAUUUGACUUAUAGUGGUGGCAUUCAUUCCUUCAUUAUGGUAAACAAAGCACUGGAUUUUGUGAUAACAUUUAAUCUAAGCUUGUAUUGUAGUAAUUGAGUACCUGUGAAGGUUACGUGUAUGUACUUAGUUAAUGAUGUGAAAUUGUUACCUUUAUUUAUGUUCACUUGGUAGUUUUCUUUGUUAAGUACAAGAAUUGCAAAUGUAUAACAGGUAGCCUGAACAAAAAUAAUUGCUAACUCUGCAGUAUUUUGGAUGCCUAUGCAGGCUAAAUUUUGUUAAAUUAACAAGUAAAACUUGUUGAUAUUGAUUAUAUUAGGAAAGAUAAUUACAUGUAUGUAUAACAUUGACGUUCUCUCAUGUUCAUCUAAGUUUGUCUCCAUUUGUCAAAAACUAGGGUGAUGUCAUGUUAUGAUGGGAAAAAAACAAUUCUUUGUCACCCAAUGCAUUGUUGUUGUCCAUUUUAUCAUUAAUUCAUUAUAGCUGUCUACAGCAUGAAUUUUAUUAAUUUGAAAAUAAAUAACUCGUAUUUAUUAA